GUCGAGAGAUCGCUUGACGAACGGUUGUUUAGGCGUUCUGCGCACUGUGUGUAGUCUCGAGUCGUGCUUUCUCAGAUGCGGAAGUGUUUCAGUCAAUAUUAUUUCGCUCGGUCGAAUUCAAUUAAUUCUCCGGUUUGGCGCCCAACGUGGAGCAGCGAAUGUGUACGAACGUGAAUAAGUGUAAAAGGAUUAAGUGAAAUGAAUGUGAUUUUGGUCCGUGUAACAGAUACCGUGCAUUCUCCUCCCCGGAUGCCAAUAAUCUUCUGAAGUGACGCAACUGCCGUCGUGGAUUUGGGUUGUGUUUACUCUUCGCGGCGUGACGAUUUAAAGGGAAAACAAAACGAGAACCGAGAAAUCGUGGAGAGUGUGAAAAAGUACGCUAAGAAGCGUGGGGAAAGUGUCUCCCAAGGGUAAAAAUUAAAGUGUUGACGGCGAAAUAAGUGAUGCUGACGAGUAACGAGAAAUUUAUUCAUUUGUCAGAAACACCAUUGCAUCGUGUCAACGUUUUUUAUGUAUCAACCAGUGUGAUUAAUGUGAUUUAGUUUUUCGCGAAAGAGGAUGUUCGUUUUUUGCUUCUGAGAACCGGUGAUACAGAAUUCCACAAAGAAUGCAUUUUUACUGGUCGUAGAAUAAAGAUAAAACGCGCCGAAUAUUGUGUGAAGCUGCACGCUUCAGAGUGAUAACAGAAUAAUGUCCGAGAUUGAAGAAACGUCGGUUGAUGAUAGCAAUUUCAACGAAUUGAAGCUGUCCGCCGAUAGUGCUAGCGAUUUGCCGACGGUGAGCUCGUCGAAUUCAAGCUCGACAAUGGAGUCAACGGCGUCAGCAGAGCAAGCAGAGCAGGAACAAGAGGAUGGAACCAGUUUGUUAUCGAAUCAACAGCAGGAGCCCGCAGAUCCGGGCUGCUCCGACAAGACGACAGUAACUGAUAAUUACGAGCCAUGUGAUCCAUUAAUUAUAUUGAAUCUAUUUCAAUCGCUCUCAUCAACGACAAACUCGCUCGAGCUGCAAAUGAAGAUUAAUUUGCAUCUGAAACAUCUAACCAAAUCUCCGUACGUUUUUCUGGUUCCAAUCCUACACUCAAGCGAGGAAGGUCUCAUCCAAGUUAUUAAUGAUAACAUUCUUGAUAAGGAAAUUCGCUUUUCGAUCAAUUCAUCACACCUCAAAUAUGCAUCUCAACAAAACGGUUAUCCAUUCGUCAUAGAAGACCUUAACAAGGAUUUCUCUGAGGUUAUUGAGAUGGUGGUGGGCAACAAGCACAAUACUCUAAUCUACGAUAUUAAGAGUCCACGGGCGAGCAAACUUCAGACGCAGAUAUCUGCCGCAUCGACAUCUUCGACGACAUCGCUACCGACGUUGACAUCAUUCGUAGGCAGCAGCGCACAGCAACAACAGCAACAUCAUAACAGCAGUUCUAACGGUAAUCAUUCCCAUCUACAGCAGCAACAAAUUGCUCUGUUCGUGUGUAUUGCCGGCGAUAAUGAGUCCCGAUCGCGAUAUCAAUUUUACAUCGAGGACACUUUUAGAUACGUUCUGGGUCACCUUCUGACGGCGUUCGAGUUAUUCGAGGAGAAACGAGUGCGUUAUCAGUGCCAGAACCUGCUGCAGGUCGCCCGACGGCUGCUAGGCAAAAUAGGUGACCUCGGGCAAUUGCUACGUGGCGUUAUGACGGAAGCUAAGGAACUGGCUGCAGCGGAACGAUGCUCGCUCUUCCUGCUAGACAAACAUACCGGAGAGCUGGUGUCGAAAGUAUUCGACGGCAAUGAGGUGAAUCAUUUUGCUGCUUCCUAUCCUAUUCGUUUACCGGCAUCCAAAGAAAUUCGUAUAGAGAGCGGCAAGGGAAUCGCGGGCUAUGUGGCUCAAACUGGGAAGCUGUUAAAUAUACGCAAUGCCUACCAUCACCCGCUGUUUUAUAAAGGGGUUGACGAAUCGACAGGAUUUAAGACGAGGAAUAUAUUAUGUUUUCCCAUCUGCGAUGAGGAGGGUGUGAUUGGAGUAGCACAACUUUGCAAUAAGCUUAAUGGUUUUCAUUUCGAUAAGUGUGACGAAGAAGUAGCCACGGCGUUCUCGGUGUACUGUGGCAUCAGUAUUAUGCAUGCGCUUGUUCACAAACAGGUACAGAAAGCAGAAGCCCGCUAUAAACUCUCCCAGGAAGUGUUGAUGCACCAUAUGAAGGUUCCGGAUACGGAAAUACAACAUGUGCUGGAGGGAGUGAAUACUCACGAGGCAGAGCAAUUCACGAUGGACCUGGCCAAGUUUGAUUUUUGUCCUCGUGACGUGACAAGUUUUGCCCUUUCAGUACAGCUGUCAGUGAAAAUGUUCUACGAUCUUAAUUUUGUGUCCACGUUUCAAAUACACGAGGACAAACUGGCAAGAUUUAUAUUGCUGGUGCAAAAGGGCUAUAGGGACACACCAUACCACAACUGGUGGCAUGCUUUCUCGGUUGCACACUUCGCCUAUACGUUAAUGGUUAAUCUACAACUGAUAGAAAGAGGCAUUAUAACCAAAAUGCAAGGAUUUUCUUUCCUAAUCGCUGCUUUUUGUCACGACCUAGACCAUAGAGGCACUAGUAAUACCUACCAAACUCAGUCCUGCAGUCCGUUGGCGCGAUUGUACAGCAGCGAGGGAAGUGUCAACGAAAGACACCAUCUGUCCCAGGCGAUUUGCAUCCUCAACGAUUCCAGUAGUAAAAUUCUCGACGGACUGUCAACAGAGGAGUUCAAAGAAUGCAUUGAUUAUCUGAGGGAAUUAAUUUUGGCUACUGACUUGGCGAAUCAUUUCCGCAUUCUACCCCAGCUGAAUGAACUAAGAGCAGAUAAUCUGUCGGAAAGUACAAACCAAAGACUGCUGCUGUCACUCAUGAUAACAUGCUGUGAUCUGAGCGAUCAAAUUAAAUCAUGGAAAACUGUGCAGCAUGUCGCGCAUUUAGUCUACGCUGAAUUUUUCGCCGAGGGUGACCUGGAAAAGCAGAUGGGUCUUCGACCUAACGCAAUGAUGGACCGCAAGAAGGCCUGCAUUCCGGUGCUGCAGAUCGAAUUCCUCACAACGGUUGUGCGACCAACGUUCGAAAUAUUGGUACAGAUAUUCCCCGAAACGGAACCGUUUCUGACGACAAUCGAUAGCAACAGGGAGCAGUGGGAGCACACGAAAGAGAACGCCACCUGCACUGGCGGAAGCGAAUGUUGCGAAUUUGAAGGGCUGAAUGGUGCCGAUACGAAGAAUUAAACAAAUGAAGUAUACGGCUGGCACAUGGAAGUAAUAGGACUUAAGUUGACAGAGUGUGAAUCACGUUCCUUUCGCAAGUGUGCUCAUCGCGAAAACGGUGACGCGAUGCUGUAUUUUUAUUUAUUCUGUAGUCCUAGCAAACGUACCUUUUAGUUAAUUGUGUAGUGUUGGAUAAUCUGUCAUCUUUACUGUUUGCUGGCAAACAUUAGUAA